ACAAUACUAUCAAUUAGCAUUUAUAAAAUAUAUAGAAUAAUAUAAUCAUAGACAUCAGAAUUGUAUAACUUCCUAUAGGACUUAGAACGCUACAACCAUAGAGUAUGAUAGAGGCUAACCGCGUUUUACCUAAAAUCGCAACAGCAUUAUUUAUUGGAUUAUUAUUAUUCUGGUUAAUCCGUUUAGAAACUAAGUACGACAAUAUUAAAGAAAAUAUUACAACCGAAGACGUUGCGGAAGAUUUAUAUAAUAAUAAAAUCGAAUCAUCACUUACAAACCGCGAAAGAAGAGUAAAACGCUCCGUUAUAUUGAAAAACAGGCACCUAAGUCCUACCUUAAACUCUAAACUUUAUAAGACAGAUCUAACUAAAGACUCUAACAACACCAGAAGUACAUCAAUGGAAGUGUUUUCCGAAUCUUCGACAUCUUCCGGAUGUAAAUGCGAGCUGAAUCUCUUGCGUAAAGACGUGCUCUUCUUGAUCGUCGUGUGUUGUGCUAUUUCUAUGUUGGCGGGAUGUAUCGUAUGCGUUAUUUUGCCUUGGAAAUUGUGGCAAAUUUUUAAAAAGAGAAAACAGUUUUCCCCUAAUAAAUGGUGGAUGUCCGGGGACGACGAUAUAUACGACAUGGUUUCACUUAUGAGACACAGAAAGAAAUUUCUUCAGAAGCAACAAUUGUCUUUUGAAAACAACUUGUUUACUCCUUUGCUUUCUGUGAAUACUCAAUAUUUGCGCCAAUAAAUUAAUUUAAAUUAUUCUGUGUUAUGCAAUACUUUUAAGCUAGUUACCGCGGAAAUUACGUACUAAAAUACUAAUUUUAACGUACAGGUACAGUACAUACAUACAUAUAAUUACUGUAGGUGCAUCCGUGAAGUGGUUACAACCCUGAAUAUAAAUUCACGCACAUUCUUUAUAAAUAUAUAUAUAACUAAAUUUUCUAAAAAUCAUUCUCUUAUUAACCAGCAGAUAGUCUGUGACCACUUUUUGUCCUCAAAAGAUUGGUUCAAUUCAAAAAUUUCCCUCAAAAGGAGUUAGCAAUGGAGUGGUGCCCCAGUUACCUAACAGAAAAGUACAAUGUACAGGGACAAGCCAUUACUAAUUUGAAGUGGAGAGAAUAUAUUUUAAAUUAAAACUUGCAGCCUGGCAUUGUGAUGGGUUGUAGAUCUGUGGGAGUUGUAGAAUUGUUGCUGGUAUGGAAGGAGUGACAAUGCAUAUGUAGUAGCAAGUGUAGGAAGAAUAGGAGUAUCAGUUGAAUGUAUGCCAUGUGAUGCAAGAUGCACACAUUAAACAUUCUCAGAUAAUUAGCAUUCUUUUUGGAAGACCUAUGUAUAUAUAACUAAUGUAUAACUAUUUAUAAUAUGCAGUUAUAUAUACAUUAUAUAUAGUUAAUACUUAUAUAUUACAGUAGCUUAAACACCUUAAAUACUCUUUUCAGGAAUACUUUAAUUUAUUUAAACAUUUUCAACCCAUAUUUCAACCUUAAAAAACUGUUAUAAUGUCAAUUAAAAGUUACAGUUCAAAACUUCUUGUUAAACCUGACAUAGACCUAUGAAAAGACAGAAAACAUUCAUUUAAAUAAAUUAAAUUAUUGUUGAGACUAUUUAAGGUGUUAUUUAAGCUAAAAUUAGUUUCAGCUUAAAUAGAGGUGUUUUUUAACUUGUAUAUUACUUGUAAAUCUCCAAAGGUUUCAAAUUUGUUUAAUACCAUUCUUUUAGUAUUCAGAUGUUACCAUUGUAAUCUACUUAAAAACAUUAUAAUAGAAUUUCAGUUGUUUUGUAUGAUGUUAAUUAAAACUGAACAAGAACUGUCUUUUAACAUUAAUAUUCAAAGUAUGUUAAAAUAUACAUCAUUAAGAUCAAUUCAUAAAUUGUCAUCUAAAACGAUGAUAAUUUUACUGUAAAAAUGCAAAACUUUCCAACUGUAAUUUUUAUAAUGUUAGUCCAUUAUAACUCUACUGCUUGACUUUUGUACAUAUUUUUGGGAAUGCAUUGUGUCCAAAAGUAAGAAUCACCAGUAUAAAUAUUUGACGUUAUGAUAUUCUAGGUAAAUUGUAAGCUUUAGUUUUAAAAUGUUAUUAAUUCUGAAUUA